AUCAGAACAACUUACACGUGACAACAAUGAAUAAUGGUUUAAGUUGAUUGCGAAAUAGUUGGGAAAAGAAUUUCGAUGUAGCGAUUCUAUGACACGUGGUUUAUGAACAGAUACACAAAACGACGCCGGAUUCAACACUUAAAAAAAAAUUCUCCCCCAUUUAAAUUAUUAUACAAAAUCGAGCUAAUUGACACGAAUCAACCGAGGCACCCAGGGCCCACAUCAGCCUUUUCAGUCUCCACGUUUCCAAGUAGUUGCCAGGCCACUUGAUCGUCUACUCUGCCGUCAUUGGCGAGAUGUUGUGUCUGUCAUGCUGGGCCACUGGCAUGGACCUUCCCUAUCCGUAUCCACUAUCUGGAGCUCGCGGUUCUGCUUUACUCAUUGGAGUUCCAUGUUGCCAUUCUCUACCCGUCUGAAAUCUACUGAACGCCUCUUCUUUGCUCGGCUUUAACAGGAAUGAAUACCACGGCCGAAAAGAAGUGUCGGCCAAGAGACAUUUUAUAAUUUUUUUAAACAUGUACACUGUCUUAGAUAUUUGAUUAGAGAGACCAUUCGGAAUGAAAUUGAAAACCGGCCGCAUACAUUUUUGUGUUUCAUCGACACCGUGGAGCUCAAGGGGGAUAUGUGCCUGACUUAUAGCCAUUUUUUUGCAGACAAAGAGAGCUACUGAGUACUGGUUAUAAAAGACAAAAGGGGCUUGGUCACUAUCCAUGGAAAAAGUGGGCAAGAUGUGGAGCAACCUGAGGAGCCGAUGCCAGACCCUCUUCCACAGCGACAGUGCGGGACCCAGUACAGAGAACAGCGUGGUGGAAGAGGACGGUAUGCACUGUGUGGCGGACCUGGGACGGGGAGGCACUUCAGGCGAGGCCCAGGCAUCUCGGGCCUCCAGCCUUUCCCGAAGCCUCUUGCCGCUUCCCGUGGUUACUGGAGGACGACGUCACAACUGUGUGUCGAACAUCCCCCAGAUGGUAGAGAGAACCACAGACAGAAAAGACAAUGAGGAAGCGAGGGGGGUUCCUGGGGGAGUCCCUAUGGGCCGGAGAGACUCGUACUCGCGCCAUGCACCUUGGGGGGGCAAGAAAAAACACUCGUGUUCCACUAAGACCCAGAGCUCCAUGGAUACAGACAGGCGGUCGGGGCGCACGCGCGGUGCCGCUGGGCGAAGGGAGCGUCGCUACGGGGUCAACUCCAUCCAGGAGAUGGAUGACUCUGGAGACGGGGGGCGUAGUCUGAGCACCCGCUCCCUGCGCCAGCGGCUUAGCGACACAGUGGGCCUGUGUCUCCCCCUGCCCCCCCGCCGCCGCUCGCUCUCCUCCUCCCAAACCCCCACCAUCUCCAAGCGCAAGAUCCACCUGACAGAGCUGAUGCUGGAGACUUGUCCCUUCCCCCAGGGCUCGGACCUGGCCAACAAGUGGCACCUGAUCAAGCAGCACACAGCGCCCGUCAGCCCGCAUUCCUCCACGGCUCUGCUAGAUGCCUUUGACCCGGCCCACCCCUCCCCCGAGGACGAGGAGGAGCGUCUGCGCGAACGCCGCAGGCUCAGCAUUGAGGAGGGAGUGGACCCCCCACCCAACGCCCAGAUCCACACCCUAGAGGCCUUGGCGCAGUGCUCCUCUCUGUACAAACUGGGACCAAAGAUGGCCCCCGGCAUUGCAGAGGCCUCUGGGGAGGGCACGACGGCCAGCUGCUCAGGAGGGGCUACUGGGUCGUCGGGCUCGUCGGUGCAGGUGCUCGGAGGGGCUACAGCCCAGCUGGCUGACUGCGACUCGGAGGAGGACUCCACCACCCUUUGCCUGCAGGCCCGGAGGCCUAAGCAACGCCACGCAUCCGGGGAUGGCCAUCUGAGCCGGAACCAGUCUGGGCCCUGGAAGGUGCACACCCAGAUCGACUACAUCCACUGCCUGGUGCCGGACCUGCUUCAGAUCACUGCGCUGCCCUGCUACUGGGGCGUGAUGGACCGCUACGAGGCAGAGGCUCUGCUGGAUGGCCGGCCCGAGGGCACCUUCCUGUUGCGUGACUCGGCCCAGGAGGACUACCUGUUCUCGGUCAGCUUCCGUCGCUACAACCGCUCGCUGCACGCCCGCAUCGAGCAGUGGAACCACAACUUCAGCUUCGACGCCCACGACCCCUGCGUGUUCCACUCGUCCACCGUCACGGGCCUACUGGAGCACUACAAGGACCCCAGCGCCUGCAUGUUCUUUGAGCCGCUGCUUACGGCGCCGCUCCACCGGACCUUCCCCUUCGGCUUGCAGCACCUGGCCCGCGCCGCCAUCUGCCGCCGGACCACGUACGACGGCAUCGGUGCCCUGCCGCUGCCCCCAGCCCUGCAGGACUUCCUCAAGGAGUAUCACUACAAACAGAAAGUGCGCGUGCGCUGGCUGGAGAGGGAGCCGCCGCUCAAGGUCAAAUAGGGGGCGGUAUCUGGCGGCCUGUGCGCCGCGGACGCAGUUAAAACAGAAAAAUCCCUGCCAAUCAGGAGAGGCCAUACUGAAUGAACAUAGCACUACUCGGUCAGGCAAGGAGGGGGUAACUGGAGAAACAAGGAGUUAGGUGAAGUGAACUAUCCAAGAUUCAUUCUAAUCUCGUUAUUGUUUUAGUUAUCAUUUACAUCACUUGGGAUACAUAUGUAUCAUUAUAUUCAGUAUAAUGCUGUCUGGCAAGCACACAUGUUUUUAAUGUUGAACAGGUUCUGAAAGGGAGCGCAUAAGCCUUCAUGCUUUGUCUCCCUCUCGCCUCUUGCAUUCUGUCAAGUGUUUGCCUGAUCCCACAGCAUGAGCUGCCUGCAUGCCCCCUCAUCCCCCCCCAGUCUCUAUCUAGGCCCACAUGGUUAGCUAGCUAUGUUGUACAGUUCACUCGUGCUUUCUAUCCUUCCUUUUCCAUUUUUUUUUUAUCAAGGGACUAUGCUGCCUGGCGGGCAUCGUUAGGCCUCAGGUGUAAUGUUAAUCAUCGCUCUCCUGGAGGGGGGGGAGGGGGGUUGCUGCGACUACAACUGCUACUGUGACUACAACUGCUACUGCAGUAAGUUAGGGCCUGUUUUGUCCUACAGACACGCACCCUGACAUCAUCAUGCAUCAUUGAGUAGGCCUGUGUCUAAAAUGUUUUUAAAAAUGGUGCUGUUUAGAGGUUCUGUCCUGUAGGUCUUCACCCCAAGGGCAGCGCGGAACGUGGCCACGUCCAAGGGUGCUGCUACUACAUCCUGCUUCCGUACACCUAUAGGGAGCAGGGCAUACACAGGAGUGGGUGUGGUUACAGCGACCCCUGGGCUUUUUGAUACCCUCACUGAGAUUUCUCUAAGCAUAAAUCAUCGUCUCCCACCACUACUGUGUCGGUACAGAAGUGCGGUUCUUAUAAUGGAACAAUACUAACGAUAUUUGUCCUGGUUGUUUUCGCACGUCUGUCAGUGGCUCAAACAGGCAACAGAGCAGGCACUUUAACUUGGUCUGGUUUGUUUCUGGACCUGCGUUCUGCCUUCAUGGUGUCACACUGUGCCAUCCUCAGGGUUUAACUUGUUAUAAUUUAGGCCCGUUGUUAGGUCAACGAUUGAGCCCAAUGGUAGAGCGAAUGCCAAGAGUGUGUAAAUAUGUCAAGGCAAAGGGUGGCUACUUUGAAGAAUCGCAAAUAUAAAAUGUAUUUAGAUUUGGUUACUAUGUGUCGGUGACAGCCUUGCGGCCCAAGUAGGCAACGGCAUGGGGAUUUUGUCUUCAAUCUCAGAAACCUAUCUGGGACAGCUAAAUUGUGGCCCAAAUCGUGUAGUUUACACCCAGCUUAACCGAACUAAACUGACCAAGACGUUACUCAAACAACAUAUAUGUCUCUUACAUAAUUCUACCCCAAAACAACAACAAUUUCUCUCACCCAGUGGCGUAUGGGCUAUUUAGGUAAGCGCUGAUGCCACCCAGUGAUAAGCAGUAGGCCUACCCAGUUUAUCAAAGGCAGGGGGUGCAAAUGAUUGUCCAUGCCCGGCGUGUUUCACCGGUGCAGCACUCCACCAAUGUUCAGUCAAAAAAGUAUCCAACAUAAAUCCUGUAGCCUACCGUAGAAAGUGGCGUUUUCUGUAGCCUACAUGCUGGAGAUCAAAUGUAUGUCAAUGUCAUGAGACGGACACUUUACUUUAUGCAGGUUUCUCCGAUCAAAUAGCCUAACCUAAAUGGCGCCCAAUCACAUGAAAAACGCUCUUCGAUGUAUGACAUGUUAACAAACAACAUUUGCAAAAACAGGACGAGUCAAAGUAAAAUGGACAAUAUCUGGAAUGGAAAAUGAAGCUGCUCACAGCUACUGUCCGGGAGUUCCACCCCAUAGGCUAAAUUGUCAUGAUAAUCAGUGAUUUUCAAGUUUGUAUUCGUCCAUUAUUAUUUUUUUGACGAGCUGCGUCAUAGCGAGGGGAAAAAAAGACUUCUGCAUUUCCCGCUGUGUGAACACACGGAUUCUCAUUGCAAAUAGGCGGGGGAUAACUCCUGAUGAAGUUGGGUAGCUUAUUCAGAGCUUAAAUAGCCCAAAUGAUUAGUCACAGGAAUCAGGACUAAUAAUGCCAAUGCAACUGCCUGUUUUACAAACGGUAGGACCUACCACAUGGAUGGGCCUUUUACAAAAUUCCAUUGCGGGCCAACACUGUAAGGGAGGGCGGCAAUUUUUUUUGGUCUCAUCUAGGGCGGCAUAAUGGCCAGGAAAGGGCCUGCUUCACAUUGUCACUGCUAGCCAUGUCCUAUAAUAACCCAGCAUAUUGUGAGAGCUUGCAUCAGGAAGACAAAUACAACAAAGCGUAACCUAUGUGCCUUUCAUAGAGCCUCCUGUUUGAAUCCAUACUUUUUAGGGUCUUAUUAUUAUUUUUUUUUAUCUACUUUGAACUCUUGAGCCUGGCGCAUGGAAUACUCCAGGAGCACUUCCCAUUCGUGUAGCCCUUUAAAUGAGGGCGAGGAGGAAAACGAAUGAUGAAGAACAGGGUAUGACGCGCGAGCUCCGAGCUUGCUCUCUAAUGUUCAUUGGUGCACAUUUUGAUUUAAAAAAAAAAAAAAAAAAACAUAUAUUUUUCAAUUGAACUUGACAAAAUGUUCUUGAUUAAUCUGUUAGAAUAAUUAGCGGGCUUCACUUAUAAAACUCAUUGGGGUUUAAUAGGUGUGACUAGAUGUGUGGGGCAAGGCAGCGUCAAGUCCUGGAGGACUUCGACACUGGACAUGCUUUAGAACUGUACACCUAUAGAGACGCACAUAGGCACGGGGUCUAUAAAAGCUAUGUAACACUUUGAAAAAUGAGGAAGCCUACAGCUUACAUGUAUAUGGAAAUAUUAUCUGACAAUGUAUACUAAUAUAGCUUUAAACAAAUUAUCGUUGUGAUAUCAGUGAUCCUUUUUACCCUGGUCAGAAAGGCAACUCUCAAAUCCCUUCUCUCUGAUUUGCAGGGCAGAUGUUUGUUUUAACUACCUGACACAAAUCAGGUGUGUGUAGAGGGUUAUCAGAGAGGAAGGACCGUGAAUGAUAAUGUGGAAUGAAUGCGUAGGAUUAGCUUAUUCGUGAGCAUCUGUGUCUGUGACCAAAGCGCUGUUAUUCAACGGUGUUGCACACAACCUGUAUUGUUGUCUAGGGCUCUUUUUAAAAUGACGAUACAGAAUUUUAUUUCAAAAUUGAACAAACGUUUUCAAUGGCAGCCAAUCAAAGCUUGGGAUGGAUACAGCAAUUCCAUGGUAACAGAAUUAAGAUGAGACUCAAGAUUUUUCACUUAAAGUCUGUACGAAACAGAAACUUUGAUUUCAAAGUUUAGCAAACCAUAUAACUCUCUGCACAAGGACUACUUUUUAACAAUUUCCACAGAAAAUGUUUUGUAGGAAGAACUGUGCAGAUGCAAAGUUUGGUAACAGAAUAAAACUGAGAGACUUUACCGUAAUUAUGUUACCUAACUUCAUCUGCACAGUUUUUCCAGUAAAUAUAUCUUUUUUAUUUUUUUUACUGUGUAAAUUCUUCAAAGUAGUCAUUGCAUAGAGUUGUAUGGUUUGUUAAAUUAAUGGUUUUUGUUUGGCAUACAUUUUAAAGUGAGUCUCAGCAUAAUUCAGUUACCGUGGAAUUGCCCAUAUCCCAUUAAUGCCUGAUUGGCUGAAGUCUACAAGACAUGCGCUGUUACCAGGUAGAAACAGAGACGAGACCCCCAACGCCUCACACCUCAGUCUUGGAACUGCUUUUAAUGACUAACUCAUUAUUCUAUUAUAACAGUGUACUAAUGGAAGGUAAUGUGUUGUGUGGGUAUGUGUUAUGGUUUGGAGGCAGAAGGGCAGGAAAGUGUUUAAUUGUUAAGGGUCGAUUAGUAUAAUGAUCAAAUCAACUAAAUGUUUUUUUUUAAUAUAUAUAUAUAUAUCUAUAUCCCCACCCGCUCUCAUCUCCUAAAUCCAGUCUCCUAAAAAAAUCUGUCAACUUACUACUGUGAGUCAGCAACAUUUCCCCCUGCACUUUUUCAGAAAGCUUGAAGAUUGCAUGUUAAAAUGGCCCAUUUGUAAGAUCUAUGACCAUUACUUAAGGGCUGUGGGGGACUGUUUGAAAGAAAUACGUUGGCAUAUAAGUCACUUGCAUGUGCACUUUUAUGUUCUAUGUCCACAUCGUCUCUCGAUCACCCUGACAUAUUGUAUGGGCUAUCUGUUAACUCACUGUCCUGCCCGCGCACGCUCACACACACCUACUCUUUACCACCUGUCUAUCAUGCUACGGCCUACUGGCGCUAAUCACCGGCUAAAUUUAUCUCCAUCUAAAUGUACCGGGUGCUAAAAGGGCCAUUGUUUCCUAAUGGGUGCUGUGUGACUCUUCGUCAGGGAGACAGUUUUCUCCCCCUGCCUCUCUUUCUCAGACCACAUCCUCAACAUCACCCUGCUAAUGCUGCUGGGAUAAUGUGGAGGGGACUUGGGGCCUGUUGCAGUCUGCUUCCCUUUCACAUGGUACUGCAGCCCCCAGCCCUAGUUUGGGAGCCAGGCUAAAGUUGGCAUUAAAAGAGUAGCGCCUCAGUCACACAACCUACCAUUGAAUGCCCAGUUUCCUGCUGUGCUAAUGGGGUGGGGGGGUUACGCAUUUGUUUAAGUAAUGGCACUUUAAUUGUGUGUGCGUUUUGUCUUUAUUCGUUCGUGGUGAGGUUGUGUGAAUGUGGGUGUGCCAGGAGAAGAUGGUGGUCCUGGAGUAUUUCAUUUGUGUUCAUACAGUAUAAGCAAUGUUGGAGGACAUGCAGAUUUCUGUUCUGUUGACCUGCAGACUCACAGGUGUGUGUGUGUGUGUGUGUGUGUGUGUGUGUGUGUGUGUGUGUGUGUGUGUGUGUGUGUGGACAGAGCCACAUAGAGGGGUCCGGUGGAGAGGAUGUGGAGUCUGCUGUGAGGGGUGAACCCCUAUGAACAAUGGUUCUUCCCCCCCCUAUUCUCAGGCAGGCCCGCUGUCAGGCUAGUUCCAGGAUCUAUUCUCCACCCCUGUUUUCCCCAUGGGAAGUAUCUGUGACCGUUACACUACUAGCACGUUUGCCAUAUGGCCUGUAGAAGAAACACCCUUGGAUAAUUAAGAAUAAAUUGAAGAUCCUUUUUUUUUUACCUGUGGUGCAUAAAAUGUCUGGAACACAUGCACUAAUUUUCACGUACACACACACACACACACACACACACACAAACCCACAUUGAAAUACACACUUGCCCAAUACCUGGGAUGUGUAAAGAAGGACCACAUUUUGCCAGCACCACCUCUGUCUGUGGCCCUAGAAAUGGGAAAACAAAGAAAGGUGUUUACAUGUAUAUUCUGUAUGUAAAAAUAAAUAAAUAUAUAUAAUUAAAAAAAGAUGCCGUGAAUUUGCUAUUUUGAAAAACUAUAUCAGUGGUAGAAAGACACUAUUAGCUGCACUAUAAAAUGUUUGUGGAAAGAAACCACUGGGUCUUGUUAUAAAUCUGAGACAGGCAGGUCAUAUCACCAGCUGUCCAUGUUUGACCACAUCAUGACCCCUGGCUUGGAUCUAGUACUGGAUGUCCCUGGUACGGCUCAACCUUUCAGCUCUUAGAGGAAAAAUACCGUUUUAUUCUCAUCUUACCCCCUAUUUUUUAGGAAAGCUGGGUAAAAAUGCUAUAUGCAAAUGGUAAAAAAAAAAAAGAGAAGAUGUAUGACUAAAGUUUAUUAUUUUUCAUUCUUCUCCCUAAUAUGCAAUGGAGUGUACUGUAACAAUGGUUGCAAUCCUCUGUCACUUUAAUGCUGUAUGUGCACAUUGGUUGUUGUGUGGAUGUGGGUGCCAUGGCGAUGGUGACUAAUGGUUGUCAUUCUAAAGCACCAUUGUGUUCUCAGACUGCCUUAUUCAUUCUGACCAAUCACAAGAGUCCUCUGAAAUCUGGGGCCACCACCACAGGCUUACCAAACUUGGGUCAGACGAAUAUCGGCGUUCCAUUUUCUCUUUUUUUUCCUUUUUUUUUUUUUACUGCUGUCAGGAAGGAUUUGUAAAUGAUGUAAUCAUGUUCACAUUUCAGUCUUUGUUGUUCUGUGUAUCUGCUUCACCAUUCAGACAGUUGUUUCUUUCCAGUAUAACCUGUUCAUUUAUAAAGAACCAUAUGAUGCGACAUUUGUAGUUGUCACUCUUGGUGCUUGGCUUAUGCUUCAUUGUCUUAAUAUUCCAAAUAAAACUGUUAAGUGUAAUCCA